AUGACGAGCGGUGGUGGAAUUCUUCUGGUAGACAAUACCUGCCCACCACCUCAACCGGACGAAGCAGAGAUCGAAUUACGAGCAACUCGGACCAGCACCGGCCAUAAAUCACUAGCCAAGAAGUUAACUGGGAUUUCAGUUCGAGAAAACCUUGCACGACGAAAGUACGCGAAAUGGCAGAAGGGACGUUACAAUGGCGUGAACGGUGCGAAUGGAGACGACAGUAGGCUUAGCAGGGAGGAGUCGGCCACUACCUUGGAAGCCUCACCGUCACGGAGCUCAUCAAUUGCACCAGCAUCAUCUCUCCGACGAGUUGAGUCGGAGAUACCUACCGAAGCUGACACAGGUCUACACGAACAGCUGACGACGGAAGAAUCGCAGCCACAAGCACAAAGCGAAAUAGAUGUUCUAUACGAAAACCAACGAGGAUGGUUUUGCUUUGGCAAGCCGAUAUUUUCGAAAAACUCGCUUCUGAAUUUAGAUCCACCGGCCUGGAUGACGGGCAGCCUUGAGCAGAGUCCCGUAACGAUCGCCAAUGCGCAGGUGCCUGAUCCAAGCUGGGAAUGGGACUGGAAGACAUGGUACGUCGACAUGUCAUACGACGUAGACGAGGAGGGCUGGCAGUACUCUUUCUCCUUUGCCUCGAAGUUCGCCUGGCAUGGAACGCAUCCAUGGUGCCACUCGUUCGUUCGACGGAGACGAUGGCUAAGGAGGAGAGUGCGAAAGUCGAAACAUAGACCCGAAAAGGGCAUUGUCGGUCUUGGCUCGAUAGGGAGCCGUGAGCACAGCAUUACCAGUGCCGGCGGAGCUGGGACGACCUAUACAGGCCAUCACUCGGGCAUGUCCCACGAAGACUGGGAAGAAAGGAUUGCCCCGGAGGAUAUUACGAAUGUCGCGGUUCUAUCUAAAGCUAUUAGGAUCGCCACACUUGAUCGCGAGAGGAUCGAUGCCGUUAAAGAAUUCAUACACAGGGGCAGAGACGAGCUUGUCCUUUUGGAGGAUAAGAUGCCGGAUAUCAUGUCGAUGCUUCUCUUCCACUCCUCCCGUCGACAACUAAUUAAGAUAUUGAAACAAUCAGUGGAUGAAAUACCGCAGGACUCUACCGAUGAAUCAGAAAAGAGCAGGAGGGAGAACCUUCACAAGGCCUAUAGAGCUGGCGAACAGCUCAUGAGGGAGUCGCUGGGUUGGAACGGUGCAUGA